GCAAGUUUCGCUAGUUAAUUUCAACAAAUAAUGUAGAAAAAUAAAUGUAUUGAAUUAAGAAAAUAUUUAAAUUUGUAUGAAUAUUCGAUUUAUUUCGUAGAGCAAAUUUUGAAAUCUCUAAUACAAAAGUAGUGUUUCACAUAUAUAGUUAAUUAUCCAUCCCUGAUUAGCAGAUAAACAAAAAGAAAAAAAAAAACAAAUUGAAUAAAUAAUAAUAAAUGUAAAAUUGUAUUUGUUUAUAUUUUUAUUAAUAAUAUCUACAAUAUCUACAUAAAAAUGUCUCGUUCCUUUAAUAACCAAGAACAAUUAGCUGCAAAUACCCAUGAAGUUCUUCAACGUACUGGUGCCAGUCUGCAGCGUUCCAAUCAGAUAGCUUAUGAAUCCGAACAAAUUGGAACUGAAGUACUUUCCGAGUUGAGCGAACAGCGUGAAUCACUUUUACGUUCUACUCGUCGUCUGGAAAAUGCCGACGAUGAUAUUUCUCAGUCUCGCAGUAUUAUACGUAAGCUUCAACGGGAAGUUUUAUAUAAUAAACUUAUCUUAAUCUUAAUAAUAAUAUUUGAAUUAGCUAUACUUGUAGGUCUUAUUAUGAUAAAGUUUAUAAAAUUGUAAAUACAUUAUAUUAAAUAUUACUAAAACCGAAACUGGAUGUGAUCUAUUAUACCAAAGUA